UCAGAUAAACCAAAGAGUAAGAUCCAUGGAGGUAUCACCAAUGGGAUGUUUCAGGGUGUCAUUUAUGAUGAGGAUGAUGAAUAUCAUAUAGAACAAGCUAAAUACCACCUUGAUGAAUCCAGUCUACCAGACACAGGAGCUCAUUCAGUCAUCUACAAAUCCUCUGAUGUCACCCAUCCAAGCAAUGGCGGGUGUGGCCUUAAUGAUCGAGUUUCAGAAUGGAUGAAUAAGAUCCAGAAUUCCAGGGUCGAUGAAAACGACAGAGAGAAAAGGGAUGCAAAUAUUGAAUGGCAAAACAUUGCUCAUGGAGCAUCAGAGAAUAAGUACACUGAACCCAAACGGGUCAGACGUGCCCCAUACACCUUUGAGCGUACAGCAUGCAGUCUAUAUCUUCAGGCAGAUCACACCUACACAGCACAUUACUCCAAUGAUGUGUCGGAGGUCAUUCUCAAUCUCAACAACCAUGUGUCGGCUGUUAAUGCUAUCUACAUGGACACAGAAUUCGCCCAACCAAAUUACCAAACUAUCAGAGACAUCAAUUUUUUCAUCAAGAGGAUUAGGGUGAAUGGUACAGCCCAAGUGACAGAUGCCUCUAACCCCUUCCGUUUCUCAAACAUUGGUGUGGAGAAGUUUCUUGAGCUCAACUCAUUACAGAACCACAAUGACUACUGUCUAGCCUAUGUAUUUGCGAACAGAGACUUCAACGAUGGUGUGCUUGGCUUGGCUUGGGUCGGCUCUACUGGUAGUACAUCUGGUGGUAUAUGUGAGAAGUAUGCUAGUUUUCAUUCAGUAUCCCAGAGUCUGAAUACCGGUGUUGUCACCAUCCAGAACUAUGGCUCUACUGUUGCAAGCAAAGUGUCACAUAUCACAUUCGCUCAUGAACUUGGUCACAACUUUGGAUCACCGCAUGACUACCCUGACAGAUGCCGACCUGGUGAUAAUCCUAAUACACGAGGAAGUGGUAACUACAUCAUGUAUGCCAGUGCUACAUCAGGUGACAAGCCAUUCAAUGAUGAGUUUUCAGAAUGCAGUAUUGGCAACAUGAGCAUUGUCAUUAGGGCAAAUGGAGGAUGUUUUGAAGAAAGCGACCAACCGAUCUGUGGAAAUCUUGUCAUAGAUGAAGGGGAAACAUGUGAUUGCGGAUAUGAAGAUCAGUGUACAGACCAAUGCUGUAAUUCACAAACAUGCACUCUAACACAACCAAAUUUUAUGCAGUGCAGUCCUUCACAAGGGCCUUGCUGUACAUCAGAUUGUCAGUUUACAGGAAUGAUUGCAUGUAGGCCUGAGUCAGACUGCAGAAAUGAAUCAUUUUGCAAUGGAUAUAUGGCACAGUGUCCAGUUUCUUAUGCAAAACCUGACUUUACAGAAUGUAAUGACCAUACACAAGUCUGUGAAGCUGGGGAAUGUGCAAGAUCCAUCUGUGCUAAAUUUGGUCUAGAAGAAUGUUUGUGUUUGGAUACAGCUAGCACAUCAUUGGAUGAAGCAUGCCAUAUUUGCUGCCAAGCACGAAAUGCAAGCAACACUUGCAUGCCUUUUCAUGAGUUUGGGGAUAGUGCUAUGAUGAAUCAUGUUGCUAUGUAUGGCAAGGAUGCACAAGAAGGUGAUGCGACUGUCAAGGUCCUCUAUCAGAUGCCAGGUUCUCCAUGCAAUGAGUACAAGGGCUACUGUGAUAUCUUCUUGAAGUGUCGUAAUGUGGACUCAAAUGGCCCACUCUCCAGACUCACCAAUGCCAUCUUAAACCCUGAACUCUACUCCAAUAUUGCUGCUUGGAUACAGGCUAACUGGUGGGCUGCUGUAUUGAUUGUACUUGGUGUGAUUAUCUUCAUGGGUCUCUUUAUUAAAUGCUGUAGCGUGCAUACACCAAGCAGUAACCCCAACCUGCCCAAGGCUCGUAAGGUAUCUGUCCCUGCAACCCUGAGACGACGUCAACAUGGCGCCCGAGGAGGUCAGACCAUGGAAAUGGCAUAACACAUUAGCAAUACAGAGCAUUAAUAGUCCAGAAUUUUACAUGCAAUGGGUGAUUUUAAGUUCAGGGUGGCACUUUUGUUGGUGUUGGUAUGAAUUUGGCUGUUGAUUCUCGUGCCAAAACCGAAUAUGGGUUGUAAUAAUACCAAGCGCAUGAAAAUCUCAGCAUGUGCUUCAUUUGAGCUUUAUUUGAGGUUUUGGCUAGUGGAAUUUUUCACAAACUCAACGCAAAUGUUGAAUCAGCAGUUCACAUACUGAAUUGAUAUAUUACUAUAGCAACAGAGGAUUUGAGAAUUCCCUAGUUAAAUCAGUAACAUGCUUUGGCCAGAUCUACCACUGUGAAUUUCUCGGAUAUACACCUUUUCCAUGGAAGCAUCAACCACUCGGCCUGCUUCAGUCUUGUAUGAUAUCACAUGUGCGGCUGCGUUCAAGUUGAGAAAAACAAUGUGUAACGAGAGAUCCAGCACAGUGGAGUUGGUUCUUGAUCACAUCCACAUCACUCAAUACUUUGUACAUUGCUGAGCUAUACCUAAUAGUAAAGUCCCAACACCUAUUUUUAUACUGAACUUGAAAUCACCUAAUAUAUAUAAGUAUAUAUAUAUAUAUUUGCUUUUUCAUUUAAUUUUUAGUAGUUUGAUAUCAAAGACAAGCUUUUUUUCUGGGCUCAGGAAAGAAUGUGUUCUGCUCUUCUUUAAAAUCAGAGUCAAUUCAGUAAUUGAACCACUGGGGUGUGCAUUAUCUUUGUCCUAUGUGCUUUCAUUGUAAAACACACUGUCUGUUCUUAUUCACCUUUAUCUGAUUUUUUCAGGGGAAUAUUGGUGAAUAAUUUAUUAUUUUUGAUAAAUUACAAGUUAUAAUGAAUUGUCAAUGAAAUCUCAGCAUUGCAGCCUUUUCAUGCUGAAUUUGGUUUGGGUUACAUUUUUCUACAAUUCGCAGAGCAAUUGCAUUUCUUGCAGUUAAAAUAGUUCUGGAAGUAUUUCUGUAUAAAGAGUGUCUAGAGUCAUGCAUUAAGUACCAACAUGCACAUGAUAUUUAAUGCAUAGUCUUGUUUUAAUAUGUGGUAUAUUGCAUCCAGUGAGUGUAAUCUGACCAAUGCAGUGAUAGGUGUUAUACCACACUCAACUGGGAAUUCAAGUAUGAUUUUUACUCAGACUUUAAUCUUUAUUUCCAUUGCAUUUUAUGCACCAUUGUGGUCCUGGACUAUGUUUGAUUUUCAUGGGCUGUAAUAACUUUUAGGUUUCAGCCCAUUAGCAUGAAUUCACAGUGUAGCACAUUUACUCUAAAAUACAACUCCAUCCCAUGUUUUUAUUCCAUUUAAUUUUGCAACAUCCUGCCGAGUAUAUUAAAAAUUUUGAUUUAAAAAUAUUUUAUCUACAUUUCUAUCAUGACCUAGCAAUAUUGAGUAUAACUACCAACUUAGCAAUAGGUAUAGUAGUCUAUAUUCUGGUAGUCCAAAUUCCUUUUAACUUAUAGGCCUACAAUGUAGUACAGUAUUAUGUUGUUUUUUUUGUAUUUUUUUGUUUUUUUUAUACACUAUUCUUUCAUUUGGGAUGAACUUGGAUUCGUAUACAGUGAUGUUUGUGUGUGAGAGUGAGUGUGACAGAACAGCUCAAAUCCACAAAAUUUCAGCCAAAAUAAGUCCAGUUUAAAGCAGCAGUUCCUUCAUUUAAAUCUAUAAGCUACAUCCAAAUAUAACUAAUUGAUUUAAUGAAGAAAGAGAAAUGUUCCAGAAGAGAUUUACUCUGGGAAUCUAAAGUUUGUGGUUUGUUGUUCUCUUGAACAUAAGGCAUGCUUACUGUGAAAGAAAAAUGGAAACCAAGCCAUUCAAUAAAAUAGUUAACAAAAAAUGCUAGCUUCUUGGCUUUACUUAAAUUUAUAUUUGAAGGAAGAUUAGAUUAGAAGAUUUGUCAACUCUGACCUUCUUUUAUUCCAAUGUAUAUUGGCUGUGAACAGCUGUUGGCUCUGUAACUGAAUGUUUUAAACCUUGAUUGUAUGGCUUAUUUAAACAAUUGAUUACAUUCAUUACUGUGUUCAAGUACACACAAAAUGUCUACUGCAUGAUCAAUCACAAAGCUUUGUGUUGCAACCCUCUGGUGACUUGUAUUUUUGGUUUUGAGCUGGUUGCCCACAUUUUUUCAUUAAGAAAUAAUCCAGGAUUGUGGCAUCUUGUAUCUUCUUACUGUAUUCCAUAUUUGAAAAAAAAAGGCUCUUUGAAUGAUAUGUUAACCUAGUUGAUAUCAAUUUAAAAUCAUGUUGUUAGAAUGUAGAGAUUAAAUGCCAUGCAUGUUUAUAAAGUUUGAGAAUGAUUUAAACCUCGGGAGAUAUGAAUUGGACGGAAAAGAAACAUAGGAGUAUUUGUGAGCAUGAAGAUGGAAAAGGUGCAUCUGCUCAGAAAUUAGAGCUAGAAAUAUUGAUAUUGAAAUAAUUGUCGAGAGAUAAGUGUAAAGUUUAUAUGAAAUGUGUGUUUUAAUUGUGUUAGAGGUAUAUCAUGUAUUAAAAUUGGAUAGACAUAGAGAUAAGUGUAUUUUGUAUUUCAUAUGUGUAUAUAUGUAUUUUAUCAUUUUAUUCAUAUUUGAUUAGGACUUCAUUCAAUUGAUAUUUUAAUUCAAGAAUUUGGCUAAACUUUUCCUUUUCUUGACCAUUUUCUUUGUUUCUCCCAAUUCUUUUUUAUAUCUCUUUUCCAACAGGUACAAUCAUUUUUUAACUAAGAUUUAAUACUUUUUUUUUCAACAAUUGUACAAUGUAUGAUAUUUAUGUUCAGAUACUUUCAUAACUUCCAUUUUUAUCAUGUUUAAAUUGAGGCUGGCACUUGCCUGUUUAGAUGUAUGUCAAUAGGAUAGAUAUAUAGUUCGAUUUUUGUAAUUGUUAAACUUUAUUAAUAUUUUGUUAAUCAAUAGCCUGUAAGCUUGUUUUAGGCUGGCUGGACAUAGCACCAAUCAAUUUCUGGAAAAUAGAGUCCAGGCAGGGAGACUCAUUUACAAAGCAGUACCUUUUAUGGUGCUCAGAGAUGUUAUAGGAAUAUGUGUGUAAUUUUGAAAACGCACUUCCAAAAGUAGCGACAACUUAACUCUUUCUGAUAGAAAUAAGAGAUCAUGUAGCAUUUGAUUCUAAUUACCCAAGGUGAAGGGACAAGUCUGAGAGCAUACAUAAUUACCGGUAGUCAUUUUUACUUGGUAUAUUUAUGUUAAGUACGCACCUUUCCUUUUAAUACUGGAAUUAUUUCUUGUGUUGCAAACUUUCAAAUGAGUCUAUCUUUGAUUUUUUUUUUAUAUCAGUGUAUGAGUGUUUCAUUUGUCUAUCAGCCAUAAGAACUGAAUCAAACUAUGUGCCUUUUUGAUGAAUUUAUUUGUAAAUUUAUGUCUUAUUCAUUCAUCUACUUCAUACUAUCAACACUCAGACUGCAUGAUGAAAUAAUAUUGUAGUUCCCAAAGGUGGAAAAUAAUUAUAUGGUUACCUGUAAUUUUAAGUACACAUGUUAGUUUAUUACAAAUAAGUUUGUAGAUUUUUAGAACUGUAUAAAUUAAUGUAUUUGAUACUUGUGUAUGACUUUUCUUCAAUUAAAUACACAAAUUCAUUCACGUCAUGAAA